UUUUUGCGCAGCACGUGUGGAAAUAACCGGCUUACCGGCUUCUGGAACAAUCGACCUGAAAAGCUAUUCAAGGACAUUCACUGGUCAGUUUUAUGUUAAUUUCAUAUUCCAAAAUGUCAUUGAAAACAUUGUACAACCUCUCAAAACAAAUCAGCAGCAACGUUUUAAGGUGUAGCCGAUAUAAUUAUAAUAUCCGGUCAAGUUCAGCACGACCAGGACAUCCUGAACAGUUUCAUUUUUCAAGAAGAAAAUAUUGUACGACCAUGUCUCAGCUGAAACUCACUAAGCCAGCACCAGAAUUCAGAGGAACUGCUGUUGUCAAUGGGGAAUUUAAAGAUAUUUCACUGGCAGAUUACAGAGGGAAAUAUGUUGUAUUCUUCUUUUAUCCAUUAGAUUUUACAUUUGUUUGUCCAACAGAAAUAAUAGCAUUUAGUGAUAGAGCAGAAGAAUUCCGUUCCAUAAACUGUGAAGUAGUAGCUUGUUCAGUUGAUAGUCAUUUUUCGCAUUUAGCAUGGGUAAACACUCCAAGAAAGCAAGGUGGACUUGGAAACAUGAAAAUUCCUCUCCUCUCAGACAUAACAAAAGAAAUCAGUAAAUCUUAUAAUGUAUUGAAGGAAGAUGAAGGAAUAGCUUUUAGAGGAUUAUUUGUAAUUGAUGACAAAGGAAAUCUCCGACAGAUGACAGUAAAUGAUCUUCCAGUAGGACGAUCAGUUGAUGAAACUUUACGUCUUGUACAAGCUUUCCAGUUUACUGAUAAACACGGAGAAGUAUGUCCAGCAGGCUGGAAGCCAGGAGCAGACACAAUGAAGCCAGACCCUAAGGGAAGUCAGGAAUACUUUGGGAAACAUUCCAAGUAAAACAACAAAAAUGGCAGCCAAAAUACUCAAAUCAAUUGCAGUUGGUGGAUUAUCAUGUCUCUAUAAAUAUCAUUUGAUGUUCUGUAUUUUGUGCAUUUAUUGUUGUAAAACGCAUUUGAAUUCAAAUUUUGAUAAUAUUUGAUGGCUUUACACCUCAGAUAUUGUUAAUGUUAAGAAUACUAACAUUUAAAAAUUUGAAAUACUUGAAAAUUUAUUUGCUUCAUUUAUCAUGAAAAGAACAAUAACUGCUGGUAAAAAGGUUUUUUUUUUUAUGUUUUAUUUUUUAAUCACUGAUGUGCACAUUGUUAAUUUGGAUCUAUUUUCAAUUUCCUAGAUACUAAAACUUCAUUACUUUAGACCAUUAUGAAUACAGAUUUUUAAAUUAUAAUUUGUACUUGAGAUUAUAAAAAAAAAAGUUAUUACAAAAGUGGUCUGGGUUCUGUCUCUUUCUUGUGAAUAAAUAAUUUUGAAUUCACUUUACAGUCAAAUAUGAGUGCUCAAAUCAAAUGUUAUAUUGUUACAUGUGAAAUAGUUAUACAAUUGUUACUUAUAGAACUUAAAUCAACACAGAAUGUUAUUGUGUAAGUCUACAAUCAUGUUGUUAAAUUGUACAAAAAAAAGUUCUAAUUAUUAUGCUUCAAAAAGAAGUUUUCUAUUAUUUUGGAAUAACCUUUAGAAACAUUUAAAGAAGUUAAAAGAAGAAAGUGGUACAAUUUAUAUGAAUAUGUAUUUCAUAAAUUGUUUAACAUGCUGUGCUUGAGUAUUUGUCAGAACAGUAUUUUCUAUAUUAUUCAACUACAUGAAAAAGAAAAAACAAGAAAAUACUAACUUAUCAAAAUGUUUUAAAAAGAAAUUUUUGAAUAUAAAAUUGUUUGCUGGCUAUAUUUUUAGGCCAUAUUAGAUGUCCAAGUUUGAUUUAUCAUAAAGAAAUGUUUUCUGUGUAUAUAGGUUUUGUUUAGUCCCUCUGUUGUCUUUAACAAAGUAAAAACAAACCUAUACAUUGUUGAA